GAGGCCAGCCUCAGCCGGGCGCCCCUACGCGGAGCCGCCUGCCCUAAGGGACUCCCUCCGACUCUGUGCGGCUGCGCUCAGGUAUUCUACCUCUCCUGCAAGAUUACAACCUGAAGAACAGACAUGUUAUUCCAAGGAAAAGCUUAAAAGAUUUUCCAGUAAACCAGCAAAACUUGUUGUUUCCCAAAAAAAUAAAGCAAUGGAGGAAUCUAUAAGCCAAAUGCAACCGCUGAAUGAAAAACAGGUGACCAAUUCUGCCAGUGGCUAUGUUUGGCAGGUCACAGACAUGAAUCGACUACACCGUUUCUUAUGUUUUGGUUCUGAAGGUGGUACUUACUACAUCAAAGAGCAGAAAUUGGGCCUUCAAAAUGCUGAAGCUUUAAUUAGACUGAUUGAAGAUGGCAAAGGAUGUGAUGUGAUACAGGAAAUAAAGACUUUUAGUCAAGAAGGGAGAACAGCAAAGCAAGAGCCAAUACUUUUUGCUCUUGCCAUUUGCUCGCAGUGUUCUGAUAUAAACACAAAACAAGCAGCAUUUAAAGCAGUUUCUGAAGUAUGUCGAAUACCUACUCACCUCUUCACUUUCAUUCAAUUUAAAAAAGAUCUAAAGGAAAGCAUGAAAUGUGGUAUGUGGGGUCGUGCUCUCAGAAAAGCUGUAGCGGACUGGUACACUGGGAAAAGUGGCAUGGCUCUUGCUCUGGCUAUUACAAAAUAUAAACAAAGAAAUGGCUGGUCACACAAAGAUCUUUUAAGAUUGUCUCAUCUUAAACCUUCUAAUGAAGGACUUGCUGUUGUGACCAAAUAUGUUACAAAGGGUUGGAAGGAGGUACAGGAAGCCUAUAAAGAUAAGGCACUUUCCCCAGAGAUAGAAAAAUUACUGAAAUACCUGGAAGCUGUGGAGAGAGUGAAGCACACAAAAGAUGAAUUAGAAGUGAUUCAUCUCAUAGAAGAGCAUAAAUUGGUUAGGGAACAUCUUCUGACUAAUCAUCUAACGUCUAAAGAAGUGUGGAAAGCCUUGUUACAGGAGAUGCCUCUAACUGCAUUGCUGAGGAAUCUAGGGAAGAUGACAGCUAAUUCAGUGCUUGAGCCAGGAAGUUCAGAAGUUUCUUCAGUAUGUGAAAGACUAUGUAAUGAUAAACUUUUGAAAAAGGCUCGUAUACAUCCAUUCCAUGUUUUAGUUGCAUUAAAAACUUAUAAAACAGGACAUGGGCUCCGAGGAAAACUGAAGUGGCUUCCUGAUGAAGAUAUUUUGAAAGCAUUGAAUACUGCAUUUUAUAAAACAUUUAAGACAGUUGAACCAACAGGAAAACGUUUCUUGCUAGCUGUUGAUGUCAGUGGUUCCAUGGACCAAAGAGUUUUGGGCAGUAUACUCAAUGCUAGUACAGUUGCUGCAGCAAUGUGUAUGGUUGUUGCAAGAACAGAAAAAGAUUCCCAUAUAAUUGCAUUUUCACAUGAAAUGGUACCAUGCCCAGUGACCAUGGAUAUGACUUUGUGUCAAGUGUUGAAGGUUAUGGAUGAGAUUCCAAUGGGUUGUACCGAUUGUUCUCUCCCAAUGAUAUGGGCUCAGAAGACAAACACAGCCGCUGAUGUCUUCAUUGUGUUCACUGAUAAUGAGACCUAUUUUGGAAGUGUCCAUCCAGCUGUGGCUCUGAGGGAUUACCGGAUGAAAAUGGAUAUUCCAGCUAAAUUAAUUGUUUGUGGAAUGACCUCAAAUGGUUUUACCAUUGCAGACCCAGAUGAUAGAGGCAUGUUGGAUAUGUGUGGCUUUGAUGCAGGAGCUCUGGAUGUAAUUCGAAACUUCACAAUGGAUGUGAUUUAAUCUUCUGGCACCAGCACUUCACUUCAUGUCCAUUGCUGGCAGUGGAUUUUGCUGCAAAGAUCUAAUUACCAGCUAAACUUAACUGAAAAAUGAUAAAACAUAUCAGAAAGUUACCCUUUUUUCCUUUUUUCAGAAGGAAAGUAAGAAACCUAAAAUUACUUUAUUGUCUACUAUAUGUAAUUUAAACUGCUAAUAUUAAACUCAACCAAUAUUUUAUAAAGCACCUACUACUAAACUCACUGUAGAAAUUUUACUUCCAACUUCUUAGCAGAAAAAAUUUGCAUUCUGAUGCAUUCACAGAAGAAUAUUUUUGCUUUAGAAAAUCAUUAAUAAUAUUUUUUAGGUGAGAGCCAAAAAUGAAAGUGGUCUCGACAUCAUAGACUAUGUGCCAUUUUAAACAAUUUGCCUAAGCUCUGUUUAAAAUUUCCUGGGUUCUCAUUUGAAAAGGAUAACUUUGAUGAUACUUCUAUUGUUUGAAUUCCAAAUACUAAAUACACUCUCUGGGUGCACUAGACCAUGUAACUGUGAUGGAAUAUAAAAAAUGAUCUGUAGAGUUUUUUACUUGGGGAGGGGGGAAUAAGAAACAGGGGAUCAUACCAAGAAAUUUGAGGAAGUAAUCAGAGGACAUCUUAUCCCCUAAAAUAAUUUGUGUGAUCUUUAUGAUCACAUUUUUAGUAGUUUUCUUACAUAUUGAAAAUCAACUUUAACAAUUUUUAAUUAGCACUCAUAGAAUGCAAGGCAGGUAAUCAGAAAACAAUAGCAAAUUCUUUGAUUAGCAGCUUUGUAUAAUUUUAUAUUUUGAUAAAGAAUUGUUUUCUAGAGGAAAAACAUUUAAUAAGUUGCUGUAGGUUAUGAGAAUAUUGAGAUACAGAAUUGUUUUCUAGAGGAAAAACAUUUAAUAAGUUGCUGUAGGUUAUGAGAAUAUUGACAAAAAUUCACUACAAUAAUCAUCAAAAUUAAACUAUAUUGAAAUUUAAAAUUAAUCCUCAGAAAUGAACAUUUUCCUACUUUGAAAGUAAAUAUUUUAAAAUAAUUAUGUUCUUAACCAUUAUUUUAGCUAAUUGCAUAUUAAAUGAAUUUUGAUUGUCUACAGUGUAAAACAGCCACUAUCCUCCUAUUGCCAGUUAUUCUCUCUGGUAACACAAAUUUAGUAAAGUGUUUUCUGGUCACAGAAAAUACAUGACAAAAGAUAGGUCUAUUGGUAACUUUUAAAUACAUUUUGCAAAGGACUUUGUGGUCAAUCAUUGUUUAUGGGUUAAAGCAAUACUUCACUAAUAUCUUCAGGGAAAUUUUUUAAAAUUGAGUGUGGUUAUUAAAUUUUUAUUUAGUACACCAAAGUAUACUAAAGAACAAAUAUACUCUUGAUAGGAAAUUUUCUUUUAUUUUAAGCUGAAAACUUCAUUGUUCCUAAUUUUCAUGAUUAUUCCAACAGUAGUCUCUCAAUAUUAAAACUUUAAUUUUUCAUGUAUUGUUUUUUAAAAAUUAGUGUGCAAGAAGUAAAACUAGCAAAUACAGAUCUUAACUUUCCACUUGCUUAGCCAUUAGAGAUUUAUAUGUGUUUGGUGGGGUCAAACAGUAUUAUUGUAUUUUAAUAUACAUAAGUUUUUUGUACUUUUUAGAAAAUUUUUUCAGAAUAGUAAUUUUAGAACUGAUGAAGCUGUUAUUGCAACCAUGACUUCGGAUAGCCUGGUAGCAGUUUCAAAUUGCUUCCUGCAUGAGUCAUACUAUAGUUUCUUCCAUACUUUAGGGAUGUAUAAUUCUAUUGGUGUCAGUACCUUCUCCACCAAGAUAGAUUACAAUCUGUCAGUUACUAGGCAGUGUUUGAGAGCUGCCGUGGCUAAAAAAUGUAUCAUCCUUCCUGCAGCCAUCCUGGCAGUGAGCGAGAUCUCUUCUUCAGCUAAGGUAGUCCUUGUAUAGCAGUUUAUCACCAGGCAGCUCCUCAAAAGCCCUUCCAGCUUGGUAGAAUCUGCCAGAUGGCACCACCUAGAUUGUGAGACUAAAGGCCACAUUUUUAGUAAAUCAAACUGUUACCAGAUAACAUCCUUUUCUCAGAAUGCAUUGUUACUUCCUCUACUUCUGACAUCAUAACCAAACUCUAAGAUAUAUUUCUAAAGUAUUUGAAUUUUUUAGCUUUCUUAUCAGAUUUUAAGUGAUUAUAUGUUAAGAUGUUUUUGAUAGCUAAAACUGUCAUGCCAUCCAGAUAGAAUUUAAAGAACAUUUGAUAGAUGUAUAUAAUUAGUUAUUAAAAUUACUUUUUGAGUACAAUUUCCUAAGUUAAAAAGUUAGAAAUACAGGAUGACUGCUCUUUGUAGAAAUGUUGAGAUAAAGUAUAAAAAAUAUUUCUUUUUUAGUAUCUAUAAAGUCAACAAUCUUUUAUAAAUAUCUUCAGGAAAUAAUGUCAGAAUCAUUCAGAGAAAUAAUUUGUGACCUUGGGAAAUGUAACUCUAAUUUAAAAGAUUAUGGGGAUCAUGAUGUAGAUGACGGAUUCUUUCAUUCUUUUUUUUUUAAAUUAAAAUACCAGAGACAUUGUAGAAAACUUAUUUAAGCUGAUUUUUAAGACCUUGGUUUUUUUUUCCCCCCAGUGAUAAAGUUCUUCUGGGGUGUUAGAAACAAUAUCUAUCACUUUGGUUAGUGUUUUAGGAGAGGGUUUUAGAAAAAGGUUGUGUGUAAGUUUGUGGCCAAUGCUAAAGGACCAUGUUACUCUUACAAUUUCCUCACAAUUUACGUUGACACAGUUUGGGAGUUGAAUGUGUUUAUGGGAAUGACAAGGUCCUGUUAACUUACCUCACUGUAAUAAAUAUACUAAGGCACAAAUACUUUGUGAAUCAUUUUUAGCUUUACUUCAAUUAUGAGGGGAAAAAGUUGCUUUUAUAAUCUCAAAUACUACAUAUUACUGUUAUAUCCUAAUUCUCCAUAAAAAGCAAACAUAAUCUUUCAAAACUGAGGCUGGAGAAGUGGUCUUGGAAAGGGAGAGAUAGGAAGUUGAUGGCCACCUAAAAGUAUUUGAAGAACUAUCACGUGGCAAAGGGAUUGUGAGAUUUGUUUUGCUUGGUCUCAGAGGGCAAAUCUAGGAACAAAUGGGAAAGUUGCAAAAAGAUAAAUUUAGGCUUGAGUAAGUAGUUCCUAAUAUCCUUCCCAGAAAUGUUCUACCUCAGGAAGUAGUAGGACCUCACUCCACCCCUUCCCAGUCCCACCUCCCCUUUCCCCACAAAAAGUCUUCAAGUCCAGGCUGGAUCAUCAUUUGUUAGGUAAGUAGUAGAUCAUAAUGCUGUUCAGAUAGGAACUCUUAUUUUGCGAAGUCGUAUAAUAAAAUUUAGUGCUGGAAAGGACCAGAGAGAGAGUUCAUCUCGUCCAUCCCUUCCUCCCUAUACCCCUGCCUCCAAAAAAUUUACAGAUGAAGAAAUAAGUCAAGUGAUUAAGUGACUUGCCACCCUUCCAUCACUGAGAUUGUUUAAUUAUUUAAUCAACAGAAUAAAAACUAGGUUUUUUGCUAGUUCUGCCCUACAGGCUAAAUAGUGGGCAGGUCAUGGCAAUUCUGUUUCAUGAUUUUAUAAUAAAUACUUAGGCAUGUAAUUUAGUAUUUUUUGUAAACAUUAUUAUUUUGUAAACAUACUUUUGAUUUAGGGAUAUUAGAUAAUUUUGUUUAGUUAACGAUAGCUUUUAUUAUAUGUCUCUGGCAUCUCAAUUGCUUCAUGACUGAACCACUUUACAACUCAGUUCUCCAGCUAUAGAAAAAUGUAACUUGUACCUGAAAAGGGUUUGAUCUUUAUCAAGCACUUUGAGAGUCUGGGGAAUCUACUCAAGUGGAAUCAGGGACUCAAAUUUUGAUUGAGGGAAAAUCCAUCAGAAAACAUUUGACCUUUUGAUUUUAAAAUUUAUUCUUUAAACUGCAAAUUAUUUUAAGGGACUUUAAUCUUCAUUUCAUAACAUAAUUUUUUGCCGUGAUAACAAAAAUUAUGCAAAAUUGAGAAGGAGUCACAGGAUGUGAUCUUUUAUCUUUGGAUGAUACACCAGAAUUUUUGAAUAAAGUUUAGGAUCUGACACUGAAUAUAAAGAUUAAUAUAUUUUAAAAUUAAAAUUGUUCUCAUCUGUGGUUGAAUUUGAAUUUAGCUUAAAGAAGUUAUAGUUAAUAAUCCAUAAAUGUACGACUAGCUUAGGAAACUAGUGAAAAGGCACUGUUUAUCAACAGUGUUUUCAUAUGACAUACAUUUGAUAAUGUGGUAAAGGCACUAUAAAUAUAAAAAUGCAAUUACCAUGUUUAAAAAUGUAUAAAUUUCAAAAACAAGUUUAACCAUAUAAAUAAUAAUCUUGUAUUUAUUGUACAUACUUCUGGUCUUAGGUAGCUAAUUUCCCACCCUUCAUCUUUUCUACCUCUUAGUAACACUCUUAUCUUACUACCCCUCCUUCUUAUAAUUUCUUCUCUCAUAAAAAAAAAAAAAGUAACAUUAUUUCCCUUUUGAUAUCUUAUUCCAAUCCUGCUCUAGUGGGGUUAUGCACAAUUGUAAUGUAGUACAUAUGAAUCAGAAAAAAGUAAAUUUUAGUUUUGGCAUGUUUAUUAGUUUCUUUGCUUAUAAGACUAUUCUUUAAAUGCCUUAAAAAUUUAAGAUUUUAAUAUUUAGUUUUAUACUAGCAAUAUCUGAACAAUGUGCAAAUCUACUGGGAAAAAACCUGAACCUAAUAAUAUCUUAUCCCUAAAGCAGUUGUGAUAGCAGUUCAUCCUAUAGAGUGCCCAAAAUGUCUUUAAGAUCAAAUAGUCUUUAAGUAAAAAAAUUAGAGCCAACCGUAUAAGAACAUUAUUCUGCCCUGGAAGUAGAAUUACUUGAAUAGGUCUUCUAAAUACAUGGUAUUUUAAAAUUCUGUGUUCUCAUUAUUAGAGUCAAUAAAAAAUUUGCAUAAAUACUAGAAAUCUCAGUCUGUUUAUACAUUUAGGGCAUAAGAAAAUCACAUAAGCAAAUAACUUUUAUUCAGUCUUCAUACUUUUACAAAGUACCAAAUCAUUGGAUUUUCUUUCAGAAAAGAUUGUCUUAAUCAUGUGUGACUUUUUUUACAUGGUAAACUGACAAGGGAACAAGGGCAUUGUUAACUCUACCUUCUGGAUAAAUGUGUAGUAAGUUACUUUUUAGUAAACAUUGAAAAUAUCAAAUUGUACUAGAAGUUUUAUAAGUAGUAAAGAGGAUAAUAUAAAUUGUGGGAGUUAAAGUUGGUAAAUCUGUAACUGACAGUUAUGAUCCAAUUCUCUAUGAAACUGAUGAUGAAAUUGUGUGGCAAGCUAGCAAUGUAAGCUAUUGUUUCUGAUACUGGAAAGCAGGUAGAUGUUUUCUUCUGCUUCCACAGCUGUGGAGUUUCUGCUCCACUUAGAACCUACACCAAAAUAACUUUGUAACCAACCAAACAAAAAAAAAA